UCAACGAACACUGCGGUAUUUCUGGGUUUCCUGGAUUUCAUUCCCGGAUCUACGCAGGAGAUAGAUCGGCAUAUGGUGCAUGGCCAUGGAUGGCGGCCAUUUUCAAAUAUAAUCGAUCGUCUUCAAUGUGGGAUUUUUCUUGUGGAGGUUCUCUUAUUAAUAACCGAUGGAUCGUAACUGCCGCUCAUUGUAUAUACGAUGAACGUGGAACUUCUCAAGAAAUAAUAAGAGUUCAACUUGGAAAGCAAUAUUUGUAUGUAAACAACCCACACGAACAGACUUACACAGCAAACGUAAGCACAGCAAUAAUGAAGAAAUAUAACCCAUUCACAAUCGACAAUGAUUUUGCUUUGCUACGUCUAAAUAAGACUGUUCCCUUCAACAGGUUUGUUCGACCAAUAUGUUUGCAUCAGGAUCCCAUAUACUACCAAAAUUCUUCAGGCCUCUACGUCGGUCGGAGAGCUAUUAUUAUCGGAUGGGGAAGUUACACUUCGUCUCACUCAGAGUUAUCUCCAGUUAUGAGAGAAGCUACAGUUGUCAUAGAAAGUAAGACAGAAUGCAAUCGACUCUCUUUUGGAAAACACCUUACAGACAGCAUGUUUUGCGCUCAAAGCGAUAUAACGGAUGCUUGUUGGGGAGAUAGUGGAGGACCCAUGAUGUGUCAGGAUGCCAAUACUAAUCAUUUUUUUCUUUGCGGAAUAGUCAGUUAUGGUUUUUCACGAAAGUGCUCAGCAGGACAUGGUGUAUACACAAACAUUACGAAAUUUGUGACUGGCGUAGUUAUUCCUACUCUUCAUAUUAGCAGUCAGGCUGGCAGCAUGCAACUAGGCUAACAGAUCAUGUAUGUGGCUUUAUCAACAUGUGCGUCUGCUCGGAAUAGCAAGCUGUAGUGUGCAUUUUUAACUCCGCAUUUGUCAA